AUCCAAGGCCUGAAAUAUCUCAAUAUCCGCCGGACGAGCCACCACCGCCGGCCACCAGGCAGCAAGCUAGAGAUCGAUGGAUGAUUGAUCGAUCCAUCUUAUCUUAUCCCGCCUAUCGCGCGCGGACCGGAGGCACGCCGAGGAUGUCCGCCACGGAGGCCGGCGCGGCCACGGGCGGUGACGGCAACGACCGCCGGCGCGAGGAGCUGCAGGCGUUCGACGACACCAAGGCAGGCGUCAAGGGCCUCGUCGACGCCGGCGUCACGGCCGUCCCAGCCAUCUUCCGCCACCCGCCGGACGCCCUGCAUGAGCUGCCGUCCCCGCCCCCUGCCGACGCGCCCGCCGCCAUCCCGGUCGUGGACCUCUCGGGCGCGCCACGGGAGGAGGUGGUCGCGCGUGUGCGGCGCGCAGCCGGGACGGUGGGAUUCUUCCAGGUGGUCAACCACGGCGUGCCGGACGAGCUCACGGCCGGCGUGCUCGCGGGGGUGCGGCGGUUCCACGAGGGCUCCCCCGAGGCGAAGCGGCGGGCGUACACCAGGGACGCCGCCCGCAAGGUGAGGUUCAGCUCCAACUUCGACCUCUUCCAGUCCGCGGCGGCCGGCUGGCGCGACACCCUCUUCUGCGACCUGGCGCCGGACCCGCCGCGCCCGGAGGAGCUGCCCGAGGCCGUCAGGGGCGUGAUGCCGGAGUACGGCGCCGCGGCGACGGCGCUGGCGCUGCGGGUGCUGGAGCUGCUGUCGGAGUCGCUCGGGCUGCCCAGCGGCCACCUGCGCGAGAUGGGCUGCGCGCAGGGCUUCAACGUGGUGGGACACUACUACCCGCCGUGCCCGGAGCCGCACCUCACCCUCGGCACCAGCAGGCACACCGACCCGGCCUUCCUCACCGUCCUCCUGCAGGACGGCAUGGGCGGCCUGCAGGUCCUCCUCGAUCGCGGCGGCGGCGGCAGGAGCUGGGUGGACGUCCCGCCCCUGCCCGGCGCCCUCAUCGUCAACAUCGGCGACCUUCUCCAGCUCGUCAGCAACGACCGGUUCAGGAGCGUGGAGCACCGGGUGCUGGCGAACCGGAGCAGGGACGCGGCGAGGGUCUCGGUGGCGUGCUUCUUCAACACGGACAUGAAGAGGUCGACGAGGCUGUACGGCCCCAUCACGGAGGGCGGUGACGACCCGCCGCUCUACAGGAGCGUCACGGCUCGAGAGUUCAUCGCGCACUUCUACAGCAAGGGCCUCGAGUGCCGCCCGCUCGACUACUUCAGGUUGCAGCACUAGCAUGAUUCGAUGAGCGAUAGAUCACAUGACUACAUGAGAAGUGGAGUUCCCCAAAUUGUAUGAGCACUGUAACAACAAAGCUGGCCUGGUGAGUGACUAUUUUAGAGAUGGAGAAUGGGUGGUUCCUUUCAGGAGGUCC